AUGUCUGCAGCCGCCGGGGGAGCCGCCCCCCGCAAUGUCCUGAUCGUCGGAGCUGGAUUGGGCGGCUUGUGCCUCGCCCAAGGCCUUACGAAGCACGGUAUCCGCUGUUCAGUCUUCGAGCGCGACGACACGCCCGACGCCCGCGCCCAGGGCUACAGGAUCAAGAUCUUUCCGGACUCGGUGCCCGACCUGCAGUACCUGAUGCCGCCGGAGCUGUUCGCCGAGUUCGAGGCGCAAACGGCAGAGACCGUCAUGACUGAGACGACCAUCAACGCCAUCGACGGACGGGUGCUUGCACGCCGUGCCCUGCGCGGCCCCAAGCCAUGCAAUGUCGACCGCGGAUUCCUGAGGCGAGUGCUCCUGCGGGGCCUCGAGGACCGCAUCCAUUGGGGCAAGGAGGCGACGCGCUUCGAGAUCAACGAGCGCAACGAGGAUGGCCCGGUGACGGUGCAUUUCGCCGACGGCACCUCCGCGUCCGGCACGCUGCUCGUCGGGGCCGACGGCGGGCGCUCGCGCAUCCGCGCAAAGCAUGUGCCGCACCACAAGCUCGUCGACCCGGAAGCCGUUUGCAUCUACGGACGCACGCAUCUGACGCCGGAGCUGCAGCGGCGCAUCCAUCCCCGGCUGCUGCGGGGAUUUACCGUCGUGCGCGACGUGGCGCCCGUGGUCCAGCAGAUCAUCUUCAACUCGGAGCUGCCGGUCAGCAUGUUCGUUGAGCGCAUGCAUUUCCCGCACCGCGGCGAGCCGGGACGCGAGGACCUGCCCGAGGACUACGUGUACUGGUCGAUGCUGGCCCCGUCCAAGCUCCUGGGUCUUACCGAGCAGAUGGUGGCCAGCACCUUUGCCUCCAGAACGGCCAAGGAGCUCGCUCUGAUGCUGACGGAGGAGUGGGACGACUCGGCGAGAUGCCUGGUCGAGCUCCAGGACGAGACGUUCGCGGCGUCGCUGCGCGUGAUCUCGUCUACGCCGGAUCUGUCCGAGUGGGCGAGCUCGCAGUUUGUGACGCUCGUCGGGGACGCCAUCCACGUCAUGUCGCCGGCCGGCGGCGUCGGCGCACCCACGGCAAUCAAGGAUGCCGUCGCGCUGGUGCAGGCGCUUGCGGGGUCGGACGGCGGCUCGCUGGCCAGCAUCAAGGCCUAUGAGGCGGCCACGCGAGAAUCGGCUAGGCGCAGCAUCGAGAGGAGCUUCCGCGGGGGGAAGGUUUUAUACGGCCAGCCGCCACUUGAGCAGUGCAGACAGGUCGCUGGCGUGUUUGCCCCAACUUGA